AUGCAAGGUGUCACCAACGAGGCACCCCUAGCACCGAAAAUGAAAGCGAUCGAUGUUGUGUUGAUGGAUCUUAAUCGUGAUCAACACGCUGCCUUUGACCCCAACCGUCACAGCCCCGACUGCAUGGAAAUGGAUUCAAUCCCUAAUACCUACUAUGCGCUACCACCCCUAACGGUCAUCGCCGUCAGUACAGACGUCACGGACGAAGCACUGAACCGUGCUUCCAGGGUUGGAAUCAAAGGCUACAUAACGAAACCCUACAAACUUUUAGACCUUGAACGACUGAUUCUUGAAUUCUGUGGCGGUGCUGGCAAGCCCGUUAUCUGA